AUGUUGUUUCUCAUACUGUUACUGUUGGAUCCUACGGAGGGUUUAAAUUAUGAAGCAGGAUACGAUCAUCAUUAUACUUAUUCGUCAACUUCAGAUACACUUGGGAUGCACAAUGUCACCACGGUACUAAAGUUCCGCAUACGGAAGAUUAAUGAAACAAACACCGGUAUAAAAUUCCAUCAGUUAUCGGUAGACAGCUUUGUUCAACAUGCACAAAAUGGUGAAUAUGCUGACAAUCCUUUCAAGUGGGAUCUUACUAAGAGAUUUCUGUUUGAAAUGGAACCGGAUGGUUUGGUUCAUUUUAUUCACUAUCAUCAGGAAGAUCAGACAGAAAUGGUCACCUUAAAGAAAGCUUUGGUUGGAACAAUGUCAGCUAAAUUCCAAAGAAGCGACCACAAGACAUGGAGGUAUUUAUCAACUGAUGGCGAUCAUGGUGGUUACCUUGAUCACAAGUAUGAAGGGGAAAAGACAACCAACGGAUACACACUGACACGUCAUCAUUAUAGUUCCCAAACUGUCCUGAGAACACAUAAAAAGGUAAUGCAUAUUGAUCAUUCUGAUAAUAUCAGGGAAGUGAAAGCUUUCGAUAAUAUUACUAUGAACGGUGAUGCUCCAGCCACACAGCGCACUCUGGGAAGACUGGAGUAUUUGUUCCAGACCAUAUGA